GCGGUCUAUACAACUAUGAACACAAAGCUUGAUAUAAAAAUAUAUCAAGUUCCCGUUUAUAUUACGUCAUUACCUGACAACGCGCAACAAGAAGAGUCACCUUGUAAAGAACCCCGGACAAGAUUUAGACAGCGAACCAUGCAGACCGAGUCGGUUCCAUACCAGCCAGGCAUGACCUUGGGACGAGAAUAUGAUCUGAAGAGCUACAGCUCAGGCCUGGACCUAUUCACAGAGGAAUCCUUGUCCAAAGUGGAAUCUAUAGAUGGUCACAAGAAUAGAGCACAGUAUUCUGUCAUCAAAAAUGCACAAGACGUGAACAACGUGCUUGAAGUAUCGGGGGAACUCUCACUCAAGGUCAAGGCUAACUUGGUCAAGGUUGAGGGAGCAGGAAAGUACCUGAAGGAGUGCACUGCUGAUGAAAACUCGCUGGAAAUCCUUGCUGUGGCUAAAGUUGAGACGGUAACAGAAACCAUGAAAGAAACUAAAAUUAGACCAGGUGUAAAGAGCAAACUCCAAGGCACCCAUUUCGUCCGAAGCAUCACAUAUGGAGGGGAACUGCUGGUUAGAAUAUGGAUCAAGAAUUCAGACAAAAGACAACUGGACGAAAUCAAGGCUGAUUUGACAGGUAACUUAUCUUUAAAUGGCAUUGUGGAUGCCGGAGCCAAAGCGAAGUUCAAGCAACUGGAAAAGGACUUAACCAGUAGCUCGGAGAUGAACAUCAGCUACUUUUCAACAACACCAAGCAGCCAGGUGCCAAGAGAUAUUGAUGGAAUGCUUCAAGUGCUGGAUAACUUUCAACAUGAAGUAAAGAAACAAAAUGAUGGGAAAGGAUGUCCAAUUAGGUGUGAGCUUGUACCUUUGAAAUUCCUUUCCCGCAAGCUCCCAGACAUGAUCAGGGACAAAGGCCUGGAGGUUCUUCUUGAACAGCUAGAGACAAAUUUCGAUGACCUCCUCGUGGCAAGGGCGAAGUUAGAUUCAUUUCUUGGAGACAUUGAUACUGAACUGAUAGAAAGUCAGGAAGAAGAGGGUGGUGGCAUUGACCAGCGGCUCAAAGAAGUGUUACGGAUCUACCAGAAGGUUGUAGCAGAACUUGACCUCAGCAAGAGGAGGAGAGGAUCGGAACCAAUUGAACAAGCCUUCAAAGUCUAUGACUCUAAAAAGAAAUUAGGUGGUUUCAGAAAGGAAGUUUCGAGGUUUAUCGCUAAAGUUAGAUCACCCAAGGAGAAAAGUACACCCGUGGCAGAUCUACCACAAGGGGGCCCUCUGGAUAUCAUUUUGGUGGGCAAGGCAAAUCGUGGUGCCAGCACUACGGGAAACACCAUUUUUGGACAAAAGAAGUUUUUCAGCCAAAUACCAACAGAAACUAUGAUUUCUCCGUGUCUGAAGAUCAGCGAUUCAGUUGGGGGACGUGAUCUUAAUGUUGUGGAUUAUGGUGGGAUGGUUGAUCAGGCUCUGACUAGGAAUAUGAUGAGCAUGCUUAAUCAGUCAGGGAUGUGGUUCCCCCGCGGUGUUCAUGUAAUUCUGUUGGUUAUGUCUGCCAUCGAGCGCCUGAGCAAGGAAGAAAUUUCUGCAAUAGAGUCACUCCGUCAGUCGGAUCAGAACAUCCUUGGGAAAUAUGUCAUCUGCGUCUUUACUCACGGAGACUCAUUUGACCGCCAGAUGGAACUGGAUGGAAGGUCGCUAACAUUUAGCCAGUACAUAGAAUCUGUGGGAGGUCCAAUGCAGAAGCUGCUGCAGGAUUGUCAUAACCGUUACAUCUUAUUUAACAACGCUGAAGCAGAUCCUGGGAAGAAGAGAGAAAGGGUCACUGACCUAAUUAGACUGAUUGACAUUCUUAUCAAAGAAAAUGGGGAAGAGAAACUUUCUCUUGACCCUGACAAUGUAUCCGAUGACGAUGACUGUUAAAUCUUGGCUCGAUUUUGAGGAUAAGAGUUUGACCUUUGGUUUAAUGAUUUAAUUUGAAUAUGGAAAGUGUUGGGGAUACACACAAGUUUCGACGUUGCCAAUAGCUUUCAGCAGUUAUGAUGUAUUUAGCUCAUUGCCAAUAGUAUUUAGGAAAUCAUGGUCACCGCAUUUUCUCUAAAAAGCCUGACAUUUUAUUAUCACUGUCUGAAGCAGUGGGCGGUGGGGUAGCCAAGAGGUUAAGGUGUCAGCUCUUCACGUCGACCCGGGUUCGAUUCCCCCGUGUGUAUAAUGUGUGAAGCCCAUUGCUAGUGUUCCCAGCUGUGAUUAGAAUGUUUCUAAAAGCGGAGUAAACCAUACUCACUCACUCAUUGACGCACGCACGCACUCACGCACUCACUCACUCAGUACACAAGUCAAAACAUUGAUU